AUGGCACGACUCAGGAGUCCACACAAGUCCUCCGCCCACCCGCUCUCACAAUCUGGCGACAGUAGCAGCGAUGCGGUUGUCUCGACAGCGCUGGAAAAAUUACAGCACUCCCUAGAUCGCCAGGAAAUCGAGUCCGCCGAGAUUCUCAAGCGCUUCCGAGAGCUGUGGAAGGCAUCUGUAGACAGCUCCGGAACCUCUUCGCACCUCGAAAAACUCAUGUCUGCUGAACUGCGCGGGCGUCUGGAGAGGCAGAUCAGCGAACUUCCCGAUACGCUACAAAUUCCAAAGUCGUCGAAGGCAAAGGCAGCUACAAGGCUCAAGUAUACGCCUUGGGGACUCAGCCUACUUACGAUGUAUGGCGUUUUCGGCGACGAGAUCUCUGCCUAUCGCUUCACCGACAGCCUGCAGUCGCUGUCUUUACUCCGGAAGACAUCUGAAAAUGCAACCCUGAGCCUCACAUUCCAGGAAGCCCUCGGCUCUCUUGUAUACAAUCAGCAGGAGCGUGAGAAAAGAAAUAACGGCGGUGUACGGCUACGUGACCGAUCACUGGGGCAGGGGCAAGAAUGGCACAAUCAGGACGCAAAGAACGCAUUGCAGAGCUUCUUGGAUCGUGGAUGGGUGAAAGAGAAGGGUACGAAGUCUCAUGCACGGCCGAGCCGCGGCAAGAAGUCAAUAUCGGCCUCAAGCUCAAAGGAGACGCACGAUGAAUCGCCAGAACAGGAUGACACCACCAGUGAACAGGGUAAGAAAGAUGCAGAGUCAGCGUCGCCGAGCGCCAGCAAGAAGAGAACAUCGACUUCAUGCUCAAGAGAGACGAAUGAUGACUCGCUGGAACAGGAUGACUCCGGCAGUGAACACAGUCAGAACGACGACGAGCUAUUUGAUGGCGGAGACAAAGAUACCAGCGCGGCAAGCCCCGACAUGGAGCGAGGGAGACACACAGACUGCGACGCCUCGGUAGAUGGCCUCGACGACAGCUUCAGCGGGCUUGGCCUUGACUUUGACGACACCCAGCUUGGCCCAGACGAUUCUGGCUUCGGUCCUCGAUACGAAGGUGACAGCUGCACCCCGCCACGGAGCAACCCUGCAGCCGCAGCCGCAGCCGCAGCCGCAGCCGCAGCCGCAGCGACAGCCGCAACUCAAAGUGGCGCACCUGCAUCUGGACCUGCCUCUGCACGUACUCUCACGACGUCGCACGCUGAGUCUUCAACCACCCGCCGAUCUGCCGCUGGGGAGGACCACGAAGGCGACGACAACUGUACGACUUCCACCAGUGACCAGCAUCACGCUACCACCGUCAUGGCCGAGCCCGCAGCCAAAAAGCAGCGCGUCUAUGGCUCACACACGCCCACCCCUCCAACGCGCGAUGCGACGGUAACCAUUGCCGCCCUGCAGUCUACUCUCGGCCUCUUUGGCAUUCGCCACGUCGCGUUAACCCCACGGGCUGACUCUCAGCUCACCACGAACGGCCAGCACGAGUUCCAGUACGAGCACCAUUGCAACGACACGCUCACCAAGACCGCGUACCUGGAUCUGACCGAGCCAGUGAACGGAUGGGCUGUUUGGUGCAAACCUUCCGACAACGAGCCCACUCACUUCAUCAUGGCCUACUUUGGUCCUGAAGAGGAGAACAACAACGUACGCACCAUGCGGACGGAGAUGGAGCGAGCAGAACCAGCGCCGGUCAUCACCGACGUGCCAAUGUCGCUCAGUUUGUCGGAGAGCAUCGCAAGCACUGUGGCAGCCAUCCUGGUGCCAUACUUCCUCGAAUCUUCGCCGCUGCAGCCGCCUACCUCCAGGGUGCAUGUCGCCGCGUGGGAUCGGCUCGUCUCUGUAUGUCAGGACUACCUCGCCGCGCCAAUUUCGCCAGUGGUGCCGAAGCCACGCUCCGUGCCCUCCCUGUCCGUCGACACUUCUCUGCAGCUAGCCAGCUCCGGUCCACUCAUUGAACAGAUCCUGAAGGAGGACAAAGAUCGUCUCAGGUUCCACCUCGCUCAUGUCAACGCCGCCGAGACCACAUACACCGAAAACAAGCGCAUUCGCGAAAUGCUCAAGCAAGCUAUGGACACGGAGCCUCCCAAGGACCGCGAGCUUGCCGAAAUCGAGGAAGACCUGACGAAAGUCAACUCGGCGAUUAUGAGGAAGCAUAUGGAGCAACUCAUCAAAGACAAACGCAACAGUGCCCAGAACAAGCAGCGAGAGCUUCGCGAGCGCAUAGGAAGAGUACGACAAGCGUUAAAUGCGGACCAGACCUCCUACGCCGACCAGCUCCAAGCAUUGCGCGCCAGUGUCGAUCAGUACCGUUCCGCCUACACUCAGGCGGCGAAAGCCAUCUUGGAAAUGCUGCGCGCUCCUGUCGGCGAGCAAGGGGAUGCAUAA